GUUGAAAAAAAAAAAAGAGAAUUAAACAGAUCGACCCUUUGAUAGAGUGAUACCCUAAUAUUGGAGCGCCGAAUCGAUUGCAGUACCCAGAUCGACUCCACCAUUUGAUCAACUUGUGUUGCCAGUCUUUUUUUGCAGUUGUUCAAGUGACCCUUUUGUCCAUCCUUUAGCAGAUUCCAUAAUCGUGUCAUUAAACUGGAAAGUGGUUUUUAAUUUCUUUAGCGCAUUAUAUUCAGACUCUCCCUAGUUCCAAAAAAAAGUGGGUAGAUAUCAUGCACGCAUGUGCAUCAUUCUCUAGUCGGGAUAAGCUUGAAACUCUUCUUUUUUUUUUCUUCAACUUUCUUUCCUUUUCUUAUCUUUCAAUUCAAAUUUCGACUAUUGGCUUGUGUUCCUUUUUCUGCUCUUUUUCUUUUCCCUUUCUUGAUCCGACGAUCGAGCAUGACCGUUUCAAACGAGUCAUCGCCAUGCCGCGAUGCUGCUUCUCAUGCGGAGGAGAGACGGCCGUUACUGGAAGGCAACGAAACAGACUGUAUUCCUACCAACGCUUACAUAUCGACCACCUCAUCGUCGACACCCGCAGGUUGGUGGGCUGAAUCCGCUAGUCCACUCCCCGUCGGUUCACUCGAAUCGGCGGGGUAUUUCCGCACGUCGCCGCCUAAUUAUUAUGGAUCGUUGACUUCUUCCUACUUUGACAAUAUGAGUCCCUACGACGUGGUCCUUGAUGACGGUACUCAGCAGAAACGAUCCGUGUCCUUGUCGACCAUGGCUCACAUCACCAGAGCGACCACCACCGGGAACGGUGACAGUAACAGAGAAAGCCCUCGGUUAUCAGAUACCCCACCACCCCAUAUUCCCAAGGAAGACGAUGACAGCUCUUCCGAUUCAGACGAUUCCAUUGACAACCGAUCUUCUUCCAAAUGGAGUUUUCUGGCAGCCAUGGAUCGAUGUCGGAAUUGGACACUGUCGCCUGCGCAUAAAAAAGUGCUUAAAUGCAGUAUGGCGUACAUGAUCGGAUCGCUGUUUACGUUUGUCCCCAUACUGAAUCAAGCUAUUGGAGGUAGUUGUGUUGCCAGUCAUAUGGCGGCUACCGUCACGGUCUUCUUUAGUCCGGCCAAAUCCGUUGGCGGCAUGAUAGAGGCGGCCGGGUUCGGAUGGGUUUAUGUGUUGAGCGCUUUUGCAUUGUGCCUGGCGAGUAUGGCAACCACCGAUUAUUUCAUGGAUCAUCACAUGUACGUCGCGUCUUGCAUGGUCACGUUAUGCGUGUGGCUCGCUGGAAGUACCUUUGUCAUUGCGUUUCUGAAAGCCAGAGUGAAUUCCCCCAGUAUCAAUACAGCAUCGUCUCUGGCAUUUCUUAUCCUGUUUUCCAUUCUCGUGCGAGAAGGAUCGUGGAACCGAUCAGAGUUUGACACGACGAAAAUUGAAGCAACGUUUGCCCUCGUAGCCAUUGGCACUGUCAUCUCCGUGGCCGUAUGCUUACUGGUUUGGCCCAUUUCAGCCACUCAGAAGCUCAAAUCCGAUAUUCAUGCCAGUCUUGAAUCGGUGCGCGUACUACUGAAGCUGUUGACCAAGACAUUUCUACUGGACGCGGAUUUGCCCGAAUUUACUGCCAAUACCAAUCUUAAAAAUGCCAUUACCGCUCAUUCCAGUAGUUUCGUGGCUCUCAAAGUGUCAUUGCAAGACGCCAAGCGCGAAUUUUACAACCUCCAGGUUCGUCAGCAUGCCGAAGGAUACGAGGCCAUUGUCAGCAGUCUGCAACGUUUAGCACAGCAUAUUGGAGGGCUUCGCAGCAGCUGUGGCUUGCAAUUCGAAGUAAUGCGUGAAAAGGCGUCCAAACCACGUCCGGCCGGGGUGGUCAUGCAGUACGAUCCCGAAUUUGAAGGAUAUCAUCCUUCCGACAAGAAACAGACAUGGAACGUCAAGACAGAUCGCCGGCGAAAACGCUUGGAACAGAAGCUGAGACGUGAACAAACAUUAAUGGAUAUUGAUGGGUAUCUGCAGGAAGAGAAAGAGACCGAUCGUCUCGGUGUUGCUGAUCGAACCGACCGCUCCUCGCCGGCACCUCCGGCGAUUCCAGCACGAGUAAAGAGAACUACGGAGGAACCAGCGGAGACGAAAAGAGGGCCUAUCAGUCAAUUCAUUCGUACCAUGCGUCCGCCCAUGAAAUCGCUGGCUUACACAUGCAAGCACACCAUUGUCCAUCUCCAAACACGACUCAAGGGCCAAGCAGACAGCACGACGCCUUCGUUUGAAAUGAUGCGACGUAACUUGGCCAUGGCCAUUGUGCUUUUCGAAUCGUCACAGCAACAGGCGCUAGCAAGGAUGUACCACCGCAAAAAGAAAGAAAUGAAUCUAAAUGAACUUCACUCUCGUUUGAUGAAACAGUUCCCUGCCGAAGACGUCUUUCUGGUCUACUUUUUUGUUUUUUGUCUUUUAGAAUUCGCCAAGGAGUUGAUGGACCUUGUGGGCCAUGUACAAACCAUCGACCAUCUAGGUCCCGUCAAGUAUCCCUGGUUGUCGGGAUGGCGUGUCUACAUAGCUCGAUGUUGCGGACAGCGAACAAGAUCGAGUGAGGAGACGAACGGGUCCAAGAAGAAUGCGAGCUUCCGUCCCAACGAUCGCAACACACACAAUACGCUGCAUACCCCUGUUCACAGCGGCGGCAUUCGUUGGGCUCUCAUGCGGGUAUGGGGAUUCUUUACAUGGUUUCGGCAGCACACCGUACGCUAUGCGGUAAAGGCGACCUUGACCGCUCUGAUCUUUUCUGCACCGGCUUUUAUUCCUGUCACCCAGCCUUGGUUCCGCACUUUCCGAAUGGAAUGGAUGUUGAUUACGAUUAUGGCCGUCAUGACGCCCACUGUGGGUGGAACGAAUUUAAUGGCCAUACUGCGUGUGUUGGCAACCAUCUUUGGAUGCUACGUGGGCGCGAUAGCUUACGCUGCUUUUCCUGGCCAGCCGGUGAUGCUAUUUAUCAUCACGGGGUUGUUUUCCGUGCCCAGCUUUUGGAUGAUUCAAAACCACAAGCACGGUAAAUUUGGCCAAUUUUCGCUGCUGGCAUACAACUUGGUGGUGCUUUACACCUACAAUCACCGAGACGAAACGACCAUUGACGUGUUUAGCAUGGCAUGGAUGCGGUGUAUCGCAGUAUCAAUGGGUGUUGUGAUUGGAUUGAUUGUAACCACGUAUGUGUGGCCCUACGAAGCGCGAAAAGAAGUACGCAAGGGAUUAUCUGAUCUGUUGUUGAGGAUGUCGUGGCUGUACAAUCAGUUGACCAUGGCGUAUGCAGAAACAUCGGAAGAAGAUCAUUAUGCACGACUGAUAGAAGAAGUGUUUGAGUUGCCUCGUCGUGAAGAUGUCAUUUCAACCGAAGAUUUGAUCGAGCAAAACAAGGCCAAAGCCGCGAGUUUCCAGAAAAUGGAGCUGGCAUUGCAGCUCAACCUGCUGGAAUUGCAAGGUCUACUUGUGCACGCGCCCAAUGAACCACGACUGAAAGGCCCGUUCCCUAUUGACAAGUAUCAGGCCAUGCUGCAGUCAUGCCAAACGAUUCUUGAUAACUUUUUGUCGAUGCGCAUUGUGAUUCUCAAAGACGUGUGGGCACUUCACGUUCGUCGCGAUUUCUUGCGACCGGCCAGUCACGAAUUCAAAAUGAUGACGGGCAAUGUACUGCUCUACUUUUAUUUGCUAGCCUCGGCAUUGCAAUUGAAGACGCCUUUACCACCAUACCUUCCUCCCGCAGAAGAGUGCCGAGAAAAAUUGAUGGAAAGACUGCAGACGAUGCCGACGGUGAUGCACUCGCCGUCCCAGGACGUAGAUACGGACGAAUGUUACAUGGUGUACUAUGCUUACGUCGUCCUGAUGGAAAAUAUUAUCCGUGAGCUGGACCAGGUGGGACAUCAUUUACGUGAAUUAUUUGGCUCCCUGGUGCCAGAGACGCAAUGGUCACGUUGUUUUGCAGGAUAACCAUGGUGAUUGUGCGCAUGCGAUGGAUUAAAUCGAAUACCAAUAAACUGCAGCAAGCAAUUGGUUGU